AUGUACACGAAGCACGGCGCUCGCCUUCUUCUUUCCGUCUCACUUCUUCUUCGGGCCGUCCUAGGAGUCGCAGCGGUCCAGGUCAGUCGACCUUGGACCCCGGCUGAUGGCCACUUGGGCGACUCCAGCAACGGCUGUGAUCAGAGUCCUCCCCUGCCACCUUCCGAAGUCGACGUCAUUGUGGUGGGUGGUGGGUUUUCAGGCCUCACUGCCGCGUACGAGCUCCAACAGUCAGGCUACACCACACUCGUGCUUGAAGCGACGCACCUCCUCGGGGGCAAGUCCCGCUCGCAGAGACUCAAGAUUGGUCCCGGCAUUGCGGAACUCGGCGCCACGUGGAUUAACAAUAAGACGCAAAAGACAGUUUAUGAAUACAGCCAGCGCUUCGGAUUCGACACUGUUGUACAGUACAACGACGGCGAUACGAUUUUCCAGGGCGAGGAUGGCAGGGUAACCCGCUCAACUCCAAGUGAUGAUUCCGAGCCCGAGGAUUCUGAGCUCGCUCUUCAGGAAGCUGCCUGGUCACUCCUCAUCGAAGAAUCUGCCGCUAAGAUUGACAUCUCCGACUGGGACAGUUUCCCUGAGAAGAAGGACGUUUCAUUUGCCGACUGGCUCGACAUUUACAAGAUGUGGGAGAAGCCGCACCUUCGAGCCCUCAGCCGUGGACUCUCAAGGGCCAUCGUUGGACGCGAGCCCGAGGAUAUCGGAGCACACUAUUUUCUCGACUACAUCAAGUCGGGGGGUGGCCUUCGUAGUCUCAUGUUUGAGGAUCAAGAGGGAGCCCAGUUCCAGUGGAUCAAGCAAGGCACCACGGCCAUCGCGACCAGUCUCGCAGAGGCCAUGACCCCUGGGAGCGUACUCAUCUACAGCCCUGUCCACAGCGUUGUCCAGCAGAGCGACAUGUCUAUUGUCACCAUCGAGUCGGGCCAGUCUUUCCGCGCCAACAAGGUCAUCAUUGCUGUGACGCAGAACGUCUACAACAAAAUCACCUUCUCCCCUCCCCUCCCCUGCGACAAGCGCAACCUCGUGUCUCACACAAAACCAGGGAUCUACGCAAAGAUGGCCCUUACCUAUUCCAAUUCUUGGUGGCGCGACGCCGGUCUCGUCGGCAAGUUUACCUCUCUCGCGGGGCCGGCUUGUUUUGGUUGGGAGAUUUCAGAUGCAUCGCAAGACCUGCACGCCCUCAUGGUGUUUAUCGCUGGUAGUAUCGCUGAGAAAUGGGGCGCUCUGCCCGCGGACGAGAAGGAGACGGCAGUCAUUGAGCACCUGGCUGAGAUCUUCGGAAAGGAGCUUGCCAACGAGGCGCGAGACGUGCGUGAGGUCCAGUAUGUCGAGUGGACGACGGAGGAGUACUUCCUCGGUGGACCGACGACCACUCUCGGGGCGGGCAUGUUGCGCAAGUAUGGCGCGGUGAUGAGGGAGCCGUUUGAGAAUUUGCACUUCGCCGGCACGGAAACUGCGUUUGAGUGGAAGGGGUACCUGGAGGGGGCAGUCACUGCAGGCCAGCGUGCAGCACAGGAGGUUGUUGAUGGGUUGACGGAAAUCAAGGAGGCUUAG